UGCACCAAAGCCACACAGGGCAACGUUUUCAACAUGGAAAUUAUUUUCGUUCAGUUGUUUAUGUUUUUAUUAUCGUCGCAUCUCAGUAGCUGCGAUUGGGUCUCAGAAUGGAUGGGUCCUAUCCAAGAUCAAAUAGAUGUACAAAGAAGAUCCAAUGGCGAAAAGGUGAUUCAAAUCGUUCCGGAACAAUUUGACAAGAAGUCAGAGGACAAAGUGCCAACCCAGCUAUCUCCUAUGACCCUGAAGAUCAAGCUGGAGGAGACACUUCGUUCAGCCAAGGUGUUAGCAGAAACUUUGAAGACACAAAUUGGCGACCUGAUGAAACGAGAGAAUUUGCUAAAGAACGCCAUCACGAACGGCAGGCCAGGCGUAUCAACAUUAACAGUAUCAACGAUGAGUCACGUGCCUCGCUCCUACAUCAUUCGCAAUGGCCGGUGGACGCUCUGUAAUGGAAUGAUCCAGUUCCCCAUCCCUAGUCAGGCCUCCUCUACCAACCUCUUCAAUGGACUCUUCUCCGAACCCAGAUGCAUUGGACGAGAGGUUCCGACAGUGCAAGAUCCGUGUGUAUUCAACUCCGUGAUCAAAUACGAAGUGGUCCCGGCAGUUCGAGCUCCCGAAUACACUGAAGACGAAUAUCUUUGUCUGAAGUCAACUUUCAACGUCACUUUGGAACGCUACAUGAGCGUGACGAGACAAGUCAUGAACGACACGUGCAAAAAUGGUAUCAUCAGGAGCCUGGGAGAUAACAGCCUGGAAUGUGGUGUGAGAAUACUGUCCGAGUACAGUUUCUAUCCUCACAAAAGUUCAGCCUCAUCUUCUUUGCCACUUGAAUACUGCGUAGAAAAAGAUGGGUCAUGCAAACUCAUUAUGGCUUGGCACGUCUCUAACGCAACCAUAGAGAACUUCGAGUUUUUAAAGAACGAACACAAUUUCAAAAAGUAUUUUAUAAAAAGUGGCCCAUAUAUUGAACACGUAAUUUAAUUGUUGUAGCUUAUUUUAGAAUUUAAUAAAUGAAAUUAUUAUUUAAUCGUGAUUAUUGCGAUGGGAAAUUAAGAUGAAUAAAUUGUUAUGAGUAAAUCUUUACGUACGUAUAUUUUUUAAACAUUCAAUCAAAAAGCAGUUCAAUCAAUCAGUAUGAAAUACGAAAUUACACAUUUGACUACAGUUUACAUUGGAAUGUUGCGUACAAGAUACUUACAUAAUUAUAUAAAAAAUAUGGUGUCUCUUGGAGUAAGAACAAGUUCGUCGUGUUUUUAUUUGUCUUUAUCAUUAUAACGGUACGCUACAACGCGGUGCAAAAAGCGAUCGAUAGAAACUAUGUUAGUAAAAUUUAUUUCUCUGUACGUCUUUCGCUACAUUCGAUACCUACCUUUAAUGGUUAAUAAAACAUUAAUAUCUAAACUUUCUAUUUCAAAAGGUGUAAAUAAUAUUGUAACAAUAAGCAAAAUGUAGGUAGGUAAGGUAACACGCAAAACUUAGUGAUUACUAAAAUUAUUUAUUUACGGGAUAAGCCGGUAAUCAAGCACAUGGAUGGUAAGCAUUCAGCGUCGCCCUCCCAUAGACACCCGGAACAGCAAAUACGUUACAAGUGCGUUACCGGCCUUUUGAGGAUUCUGAAUUCGAGGGUGAUCUGGAUUUCAGGGAUUGGGGAAGGGGGGAUAAUUGGGCCUACGGUAACCUCCUCAUACUAGGAAACGCAACGCAAGCGUUACUAAACAUAUUUUUGGCUCCUACUACGUACGUUUGACCUCAGCACAAAUAUGUAGCUCCCCUUAAAACCUAUGAUAAGUACCUACUUAUCCACCUGGGUACGAGGAUUACGGAAAUGGAUCACUGCCCGCAUAAUGCGGUAAUGUUCAAAUUAUAUUAAGGCGCCUAUAUAGUUCCUAAUUAUUUCACAACGUAUUCAACGCAGUUUCUGAUGACCUAAAUAAUGUAGCACAAAUAGCAACACUUUUGGCUGUAGGCUACUAAAUAACAAAAAAUAAUCGAGAUUAACCAAGAAGUAUUAUAAUAGAAUCAUGGAGAAAUCUGAAUAAACCUGCUUACACGCA